UUGUUGUUUCUGUGUUUUUAAAUACAUAUAUAAAUCAAAUCAACACACACCCCUAUACCUAUCCCCUGCCCUGUUUCUCUUCUUUUUUGCUAUUUAUGCUGUCUUGCUUUCUUUCUUUUCUUUGCUCUCCCCAAUUGGAUCAUCGCGAUAGAGAGAGCAGUACCCUUCUUGAUCCAUAAUAAAUCCAUUUAUUACCUCUCUCUCUCUCUCUCUCGUUCCCUCUAUUCUUGAUUAACUGCUAGCCUAUCUACCUACCUAACCUACCUCUCUGCUUUACUUGUUCCAUUUACUCACUGCAACUACCUUCUGCUCAUUCAUGGGGAAAACGGGUGGCGCCACUUCUUGGCUCACCGCCGUCAAGCGAGCCUUCAGAUCUCCCACCAAGGAUAAUAAUAAUAGUAAGGAUUCCGACAAGACCAACAACACCAACACUUCCCGGACGAGGAGGAAGCUCGACCACCACCACCAACAACAACAACAAUUUGAACAAGAAAAGAAGUCUGAAAGAAGGAGAUGGUUGUUUAGGAAGCAGCAGCCGCAGCCGCAUUCCGGCAUUAAUAAUGAAGCAGUAGCUAAAGAUGCGGCGGCGAUGUCGGAGUGCAUUGCGCCUAAAACUCCAGUUUUGCCCGCGGAGCAGAGACACGCUAUUGCCGUCGCUGCAGCAACGGCCGCCGCGGCGGAAGCUGCCGUGGCUACUGCCAAGGCGGCGGUGGAGAUCAUCCGGCUGACUCAGCCGCCACCGUCGUCGUCCACUGCUUUUUUCAAACAGAACUUGGCGGCCAAAGCCAUUCAGAGUGCCUUCAGAGGAUAUCUUGCGAGAAAAGCCCUAAUUGCUCUGAAAGGGAUAGUGAAGCUUCAAGCCCUAAUCAGAGGGCAGAACGUGAGGAAGCAGGCCAAUAUGACUCUCAAAUGUAUGCAGGCCCUCCUCAGGGUUCAGGCCAGGGUCCGGGACCAACGCGCCCGCCUCUCCCACGACGGCCGCCGCUCCAUGUUCGCCGAAACCACCAACCUGUGGGAGUCCAAGUACCUCAAAGACGUCCGGGACCGCAAUUCCAGAUCGAGAGAAGGAAGCUGUGUGACCGAUGAUUGGAGAGACUGUCCUCGUACGCUCGAAGAGCUUGAAGCAAUUCUGAAAGCCAGAAAUGAAUCCGCAUUGGCACAUGAAAAAUCCCUCUCCUUCGCCUUCUCCCAACAGAACAAAAUCUUGGAAUCGGACAGGGAAGACAGCGACGUGGCGGACAACAGGGGAAGCUAUUUAGACAGAUGGAUGGCGACGAAGCAGUGGGAGAGCAGCAGCAGGGCCUCGACGGAUUAUCACCGCCGGGACUCGAUCAAGACCGUCGAAGUCGACUCGCUCAAGGCGCCGUCGCAUUCCACGCCAUCCAACGGCCGGAGAUCCCGCUGCCAGAGCCCAAUCCACCACCGUCACGCGGCGCGGCCGAGGUCCCCGCAGGUCCGCCCGGCGAGCCCCCGAUGCCUCGCCGACGAGAAGAGCUACUCCACCGCCAACACCCCCAGCCUCCGGUCCUCCGCCGCCGGCCAGCGCCUGACAGGGUCGCGGUACAGCACCAGCACCGCCUCGAACGACCGGUCCGGACCCAUACCGAACUACAUGGCGUCGACGGAGUCGGCCAAGGCGAGAAUCCGGUCGCAGAGCGCGCCGAGGCAGCGGCCGUCGACGCCGGAGCGGGAACGCAGCGGCGGGUCGGCGAAGAAGCGGCUGUCCUACCCGAUACCGGACCCGUACUGCGUGAAUUUCGGGUUCGGGUGCAACCCUAGUAAUAUGAAUCCAAAUCAGGGUCAGGGUCAGGGUCAGGGGCAAAACUUGAAUAUGAGAAGCCCGAGCUUCAAAAGCGUGCAGGCGGGGUACGUCGGGAUGGAGGAGCAGUCCAACUACACCGAGAGCAUCGUCGGCGGCGAGAUAUCUCCCUGCUCGACGACGGACCUCCGGCGGUGGCUGCGGUAGCCGCCUGCCUGCAACUGCGGAUUAUUGUUGAUGUAUUGAAGACGACGAUAAUAAGUAGGGUCUUUUAGGCUUUUGCCUUGCCUGUGCCUCAAUGUCUGUUUUUUUUAGUAUUUUUAUUGCUUCUAUAAAAAAAAUAGACUAUUUUUCUUC